ACACACACACACACACACACUGUCACAGUAACAGCAGCUGUAUCCGUGGGGCCUUCACACUCACACGCAUCAAGUCAACAACCAUGUCCACCCCAGGUGCAGAGGGUUCCGCAGGGAUGUCGGGGAGUAAUCGCAGAUUGCAGCAGACGCAGGCACAGGUGGAUGAGGUGGUGGACAUCAUGAGAGUGAAUGUUGAUAAGGUCCUGGAACGAGACCAGAAGCUCUCUGAGCUGGACAAUCGUGCCGAUGCCCUGCAGGCUGGUGCUUCCCAGUUUGAGACAAGUGCUGCUAAACUCAAGAGGAAGUACUGGUGGAAGAAUUGCAAGAUGUGGGCCAUUUUAAUAGCUGUGAUUGUGAUCAUCAUUAUCAUCAUCGUAGUCUGGGCGACGCAGUCAUAAAGACACAGAAUAUAGAGAGAAAACUGGUUAUGAAAUGAUGAAAAUAUGAAGUGUCAACUUGGGAAUGAAAGAUAAAGAAUCUAUGAUUUGAAUGUAUUCCUAAAUGCUUAACAUUUUUCAAAGACACACUCCUGUCUUAUAGAAACCACAGAACAAUGACUAACCUCGGACAGUAUCAAAGUUACAAAUGGUCCAAAACCUCGUGGUAAUUUGAGAUAUUCUCCUUUCAGUUGAGGGCCAAAACAUGUUCACCAAAAGUCUUUUUCCAACAUCACUUCAUAUUGAUGAAUCACUUACGGGCUCUGUAAAUCAAAUAUUUUUCACUUAGUUGCCUCAUUCAGUGCCAACUAGAUAUAAAGCCCUUCCUGAACAACCACAGAAAUGCCAUGGAAUGCCAGCAGUGCCUUUAGACAACUACACUGCCAAACUUAUAUGUCACAGAAACAGAAAAAUUCACUCUGAUGUUUACUAAGAAUCUUCACACAAAAAAAGGUAUUUAAGCAUUUGAGAUAUUGUGGAAUAAAAGUUUCAUUCAUUAUUUAACUGCAUUAUAUAUGUAUUAUUGCCAUAUGUAGAAAUAGUCUGACAAACAUGAUCUUUGCUUAAUUCAAUUUCAGUAGUACAUCACACAAAUAGUGAAUGGAAUUAUUGAUGUUUUUUUACUCACAGUGCCAAAACAACUAUUUAUGUUUAUGCGAGCGUUUUGCAUGUAUACCAUCGGAUGUCUCACGUGUGCAAAUUGUAAACAUGUGCAAUUAUAUACUGUGGGCUUGCAAACUGUUAAAUCUAUUGAAUUGCCAAUGUUGUCUCAAUAAAACUUGGAU